CUUUUUUUAUUAAUAAUUAAUCUUACAUCUUUACAUUAGAUUAGGAAUUGAUAUACAAUAAAUAUUAAUUAUUGUGAUUUCUUCCAGCAAAAUUGUGUGAACAUGGGAGGGCAUCUUGCAUCUGUGCACAACAUGCAGGUGUAUGCUUUCAUCCAGGCUUUAGUCCUAAAUGCAACUAAGUCAAAUAGUCCAACAUGGAUAGGUGCCAGUGAUACAGUACAGGAAGGAGUUUGGGUGUGGACUGAUGGGACAGCAUUUGAUUACACAUACUGGUUUACUGGACAGCCUGAUAACUUUCAUGGAAUUGAACACUGUUUGGAGAUGAAUUAUCAAGGUGCUUGGAAUGAUGAAGUCUGCACGAUCCUGUACCCAUCAGCAUGUGCAAAGCCAGCCAUCCCAGCUAAGAUCAAAGCAGAGAUACAACUCAAAAUAAUUUCAGAAAAAGACUUGCUGGAAUCUGACAUUGAAGAACUUCUCCAAAAGAUUAAACAGAAGCUGAUGGACAGUGGAAUGCCAAGCAACACUACAAUUCGCUUGAAAAACAUUUAUAAGAAACCAAAAUAG